UCUUCUUCAUCUUCAUCUUCGUAAAUGUAUGUGCCUCACUAUAGUAGUAUAUAAACCCAAUCUUCUUCAAUCGCACCUAUAGUAGUAUAUAACGCAGUGCUGUCAAAAAACAAAAACAAAAAGACAAUUGCAGUAGAUAAGUAUUCUUCUACAAGCAUUUCCAACCGUCCGAUCAAUCUCAAAAAAAUGGCAGGGUGUGAAGCAAAGGAGAGGAAGAUAUUGGUAGCCGUGGAUGAAGGAGAAGAGAGCAUGUACGCUCUCUCAUGGUGCCUCAACAACAUCGUCGUUUCCCAAAAUUCCAAAGAUACCCUCAUCCUCAUCUACGCCAAACCAACUCCGUCUAUCUACACGGCCGUUGACGGAACCGGAUACUUGUUCUCGCCUGAUACAAUGUCAUCUAUGGAGAGGUACAGCAAUGAGGUGGCUGAGAGUGUGAUGGAGAAGGCCAAGAGACUUUGCAAGGAGGAUCAUAAUCUUGAUGUUAAGGUGGAAACAAGGGUGGAGAGUGGAGAUCCAAGGGACGUGAUAUGUCAAGCAGUGGAGAAGUUUGGAGUCGACUUGGCGGUAUUGGGAAGUCACGGUUAUGGCCUCAUCAAGAGGACUUUUCUAGGAAGUGUGAGCAAUCACUGUGCACAGACGGCAAAGUGCCCUGUUCUAAUUGUGAAAAGGCCCAAAUCAGAUGGUCCAAGCAAAUAAUAAUAAUAAUCACUCAAAAUUCUAUUUUUGUCAUAUUUUCCUUUUUAUUUCUAUUUUGGUUUAGGAGGUAUUGUUUUGUUGUGGAAAACUUGAUGAAUGUUUUAUAUUUCUAUUUCUUUCUUCUUUUCUUCUUCUUCCCUUUUCAAUAUUGUUGCUUAAAGUUUGUACUUAUUGUAAAAAAAUAAUUUGAACAUGUUUGCUUCGUCUUCGUCUU